GAGGGGACUAGUAGUACUGACUACCCGAAAAGCCGUUUCAGACAGAAUUCUGAGUGUUUUCUCUCGUUGUCCCUCAAAAAUGCCCCCCAAAUUAACUCCCAAAAACUAACUCCACAAACCACCCCUUCUCUCUCUCUCUCUCUCUCUCUGUGUUCCCUCUUUUUUUCUAACACAGUUGCGAAGCGUUUCUCUUUGGCCACUCUCUGCCCCAAACAAAACGACGCCGUUCCUAGGGUUUUUGGCGAAUUCAAUCACUCUCAACCCAGCUCCAUAACCGGAUUUCUACUCCAUCUUCGGUUUUCCACCUUCGGUGAUCUCUCUCUCUCUCUCUCUCUCUCUCUCUCUCUCUCUCUCUCAGAGUAGCUUUUGCAUUCUGUAAUUUGCGGCAAAACGUCGCCGUGGCUGUCGCCUUUAUAGUUCGUUUUCCGAGCGAGGAAAAAGAAAGGGUUCCUUUUGUUUGCGAAUCACUGUGCAAUUCUCAUCCAAUCUUACCUGAGCAUUUUUCCCAAACUUAUUCGACGCCGGCAAUUUGAGUGUGGGAUGGAUAGUGCAUUCAGUGAGCAGAUACUUGCCGACAAGCUUUCUAAGCUUAACAGCACUCAGCAGUGUAUCGAAACUUUGUCACAUUGGUGUAUCUUUCACCGAAGCAAAGCUGAACUGGUUGUUACAACAUGGGAGAAACAGUUCCAUAAGUCACAGAUGGUUCAGAAAGUUCCCCUCCUUUAUCUCGCAAAUGACAUCCUUCAGAACAGCAGGCGCAAAGGAAAUGAAUUUGUUACUGAGUUUUGGAAAGUUCUUCCUUCAGCGCUUAAAGAUGUACGCGAGAAAGGUGAUGAUCAUGGAAAGAAUGUGGUUUCCAGAUUGGUGGACAUAUGGGAAGAGAGAAAAGUAUUUGGGUCUCGUGCAAAGAGCCUCAAAGAAGUAAUGCUUGGGGAAGAAGUGCCUCCACCCUUGGAGCUCAGCAGUAAAAAACGCUCACGUUCUGUUAAAGUUGUAAAAAAGGAUUCACGUUCUACAAAAACGAAACCUUCUAUUGGAGGUACAGCUGAAAAGAUUGUUUCAGCAUUUCAGACAUUACUCGGUGAACCCAACGAAGAUGCAGAAACAAGCAAAUGCAAGUCUGCAGUUCACCAUAUAAGGAAGUUGGAGAAAGAUGUUGAUGUUGCCUGUGCUGAUGUUAAGGAUCCAAAGCGGAAAAUUUUAGCCAAGGAACUGGAGGAGGAAGAAAAUGUUCUGAAGCAGUGUAUUGAGAAACUUAAAUUGGUUGAAGCAAAUAGAGUAGCUCUUCUGUCACAGUUAAGAGAAGCUCUGAAUGAACAGGAAUCUGAACUGGAGAGUGUUCGAACGCAGAUGCAGGUAGCACAGGCACAGGCAGAGGAAGCCAGCAACAUGCGGAAAAGGCUUGAUGAUGAGGAGUAUGUGAUAAAACCAUCAGCUGCAACCAUCUCAUCCACUGAUGCAAAUGCUAAAGCAGGACAAAUGCAUAGGAAGUCAGCUGCAGCCAUUGCAGCUGAGGUUGCAGACAAGCUUGCAGCUUCUACCUCUUCACAGUUAAUAAUGUCUUCUGUUCUUUCUUCUUUUGCUGCUGAAGAGGCAAAGAAUGCGGGUCUAAUAAAGGCCUCCACAUCGUCAAGUUCAUUCACUUCUGUGGCCAUGAGUUUGGGCAUGGAUUCAAUGUCUAAAUCAGAAAAGUCUAUACCAGUUUCGGAUCCUAAUGUUUUUAUGUCAGCACAGCUGCUUACUGCACCAGCGCCACCAAAUCAUUCCUAUCAGUCAGUUUUGGUUCCCCAGCCAACAGUGCAGAACCAAGCUCCAACUUCACAGGCUCAAUAUCACUUACUCUCUAACCCGACCUCCCAACAGUAUUUACAGCCAUCUGGGGGGGUCAUGGCUCCAUACGGUUACGGUAGUAGCAUGCCAAACUUGCCUCCAGGACCACCCCAACCCCCACCUCAUAUGGUGAGUCCGAUGGUACCUUUGGGCCAGCAGCCCUUGCAGCUCAGUCAGCAACAGCCAAUGUCAUUAGCUCAGCCACCGCCAUCAAUUACACAGCAAUCACAGCAGCCCCCAGCAGCUCCUAGCUUUCGGCCACUUCAGCCCCCAGGAAUGGCUUAUUAUGGUAACAUUCAUGCUUCUCAAUAAAACUAAAUUAUUUAGGUUGACUGUAGAAUGAGUGUGACCUUGUCUUUAGAAAACAGCUUCUUGCUAAAUCAGCAUUUUUGUUGUCCAAAUUGUUCUGUUGAGAUAUCUGUUUCAGAGGUUGGACACCAUUUGUAUUGCCCUCCUAUGAUGAAAAUUUUCCUAUGACACAUUUCAUUUUC